GAGUAGAAGAUAACGUCAAUGAAGAUCAGUUUGAGAUCAUACCCGCAUCAAAAUGCGAACUUCCAGCGGAGAUAGAUGUUUAUUUUAUUCGAUAUUUUUAUUGCUGCUUAUCUGCAAUUUGGAAAGGAUCUCAGGUGACGUAAGCCCGGCAGAUGUGAAAUCGAUAGAGCCAUAUAUACCCACAAUUUGGGAACGGUUUUUAAGCGGUGUUAGAAAAUAUCCCUGGAAAACGAAUGUAAUGGAGAAGGAGAGCCCAGAAAAUGCUAAAAGGAGAUCACUUCUAUGGCAAAGACUAACGAUGUCCACAGUGCUUUAAUAAAAAUAUGUAUUGAAA